AUGGACAUUGUAGCUUGUGAACCAUUGUAUGUCAGUUCACCGACAGAUAAAUGGAAAUCGAAUUUCACUACUUUUGUGGAGCGGAUAGAAAGGGAGAAACCAGAUUUUGGUUUCCAUUUUACCAGACAAAUAUCAAUAGGAGCUGGAUUUCCGAAAAAUGUUACAUCUUUCGACCAAGAACCAAUCUAUCAAAUGAUGAAAGGGCAAAUGUCGGAAAUUGUAGUUAACAACAAUAAAACUGUAUUUGAUUCAUGCGAUUCCUAG